CCCUCUCCCGUCUUUAGCGUUAACGAGUGUUUGAUCGAUCGGAAUCUCUGAGGCGAGCAACGUUUAUUCCUCCGUUUCAGCCAGGGCUUCUUGGUCUGCUUUUUUGACUCCCCCUCCCGUUGAGCACUGCUGUCGACCGUGAGGACUUCGCUUUGAAAUCCCAGGCGCCAGAUUUAUCGAGCCCGACUGCACGAAGUUGAUAGGCAAGCUAGCUAGCUAGCCACCUAGCUAAGUCUUAGCUAGCUUGCAGUGCUGGUCGGGGGGGAGCCCGUUUUAUUUUUUUUCUUUGCAAACAUUUUUGGGGGGGCGUCGUUUUGUCAUCGUGCUGCAACUGUCCGUGGCUUUUCCCCCUGAAAUCUGAAGACUAUUUGCGGUGAGGUUUAGAGCGGUAAGCCGGUUGUUCCUAGCUAGCGUGCUCGAUAUAGCCUGCUAGCUAAUACCCUGCGUAUUUAGCCUGGAAGCCAGUUCAAGGCCUCACUCCAGCGCCACCACCAGCUGCCACCACCGCCACCAAAGUAUUUGCAUUGCCCCGCAGUGAGAGGUGACAGCUUACUUGGUGACGCAGAGACUUCUCCUUGAGGAGCCAAGAAGCAGACGGCUCAUGACUUCUGACCAGGACACGAAAGUUGUAGCUGAACCACAGGUGCAGCAAGUACAAGAGGCAAAAGAGAACUCUCAUUUGGAAUCCGCCAAGGUUUCGGACCUCAACCCCAAUGCGAAAGCAUGGGCCAACCACAUGUUUAGCCUGGACCCCAGCGGGAGUGCUGACACCACAACUGCUGCCCUGCAGCCAUGGAAGGAAGGCUGCGAUAGUUCGGCCGACCCCGGCCCAGAAGGCUACGAAGCCAGUGAAGACAAGGCUUACAAGGAGCCCCUACUAACUGACCCCGAUGAGCCUCCACCGGUACCAGUAAUGCUGGCUGAGCCGGCCCCCGUGGCCCCCGUCACCCUGGAGUGCGCCGAGCCAGCCUACACAGAGUACCCCGAGCCUGGGGAGCCUGGCCACACAGCAGGCAGUGAUCCCCAGCCUGAGAAUCCACAGGAGGGCCUGAGGGAGCACCUGAAGAAGACCUUGGAGUUCUGUCUUUCCCGGGAGAAUCUGGCCAGUGACAUGUACCUCAUCUCCCAGAUGGACAGCGACCAGUACGUGCCAAUUGUGACGGUGGCCAACCUGGACCAUGUCAAAAAGCUCAGCACAGACGUGGAGCUGAUCGUGGACAUUUUACGAUCUCUGCCAUUGGUCCAGGUGGAUGAGAAGGGGGAGAAGGUGCGACCCAAUCAGAACCGCUGCAUCGUGAUCCUCAGAGAGGUUCCUGAGAGCACGCCCAUAGAGGAGGUCGAGGCUCUUUUUAAAGGGGACAACUUACCCAAGUUCAUCAACUGUGAAUUUGCCUACAACGACAACUGGUUCAUCACCUUUGAAUCAGAAGCAGAUGCACAGCAGGCAUAUCAGUAUCUGCGUGAGGAGGUGAAGACCUUCCAAGGGAAGCCAAUUAAGGCGAGAAUAAAGGCGAAGGCAAUCGCUAUCAACACUUUCAUACCAAAGAACGGUUACCGGCCGGUGGAGGUGAACCCAUAUGCCCAGCAGCGCUACACAUCCUACUACAUCCCACCGGUUUACAGCCCCCAGCAGCAGUUCCCCUUAUACAGCCUCAUCACGCCGCAGGCCUGGUCGGCCACACACAGCUUCAUCGACCCCACGCUGGUUACCCCAUUUCACAACAACCAGUUCAUCAACGGAUUUACCACAUCACAUAGUUUCAAACCAGCGACGUCCCCCCUCACUGUCAGACACUACUCGCCCAGGAACAGGAAUCACAGUAAACCUCACUUGAGGCCAACCAUCCCCACAGCGGACCGCAGCACAGGGCUCCUGGAUAGCCCGAGCCUCUUUCCCAGCUUCCCCAGCGAGAGGCUCAACGGGGUCCGCAGCAGCCCGCCGACGCGACUACCCACCAGCCAGCCCCGAACUAGGUUACCCUCCACUGUGGCCUUCCCUCGUAGGGACACUGUGGGCACCGGGCGAGUUACCGAGCCCACAACCACCACGGACUACUCCCUGGGCCUCGGGCGAGGAAGGAAAAAUGUUUCUGCUUCUAGGAAAAAGAGGGACGAAAAGUUUACAAGAGUGACGCCUCAGUCGCCGCCUCCUCCUCCCAAACCCCCGUCUCCGAGCUUCGAGCUGGGCCUCUCCAGCUUCCCUCCCCUGCCCGGAGCAGCCGGCCAGCUCAAGACCGACGACGUGUUUGACAACCGGCUGGCCAGUAGCGUAGUUGUCGGAACCGCCAAGGAAAGGAAUGUAAGUGCUGAGUCCAGUACCGGAGGAGCUCUCUCUCCAACGGGCCCCAAAGAGCCGCUUCGGUCCUCCACCUGCCCGAUGCCUACAAGCUUCCAGCCCUCGCCGACCACCCCGACCCCGACCUCAGCCCCGACACUGACCCCAGCUGCCGGCCCGCCACACAGUCCUGCUCCCCCCCUCCCAGCAGCGGAGGUGAAGGUGACGGAGGCGAAGCCAAAGGAGGUGCAGUUGUCUGUGGAGCGAGUUCCUGGCACUCUGUCCACUGCAAGCAAAUCAGUGCAAGUCAACGGUGCUGCCACAGAGCUGAGGAAGCCCUCCUACGCUGAGAUCUGCCAGCGGGUGAAGGAGGCUCCGACAUUACAGCAACCACCGACUCCCAAGGAAGCCAAGCCAGCCUGCGCUGUACCCACAGGCGAGGAGAGGAAGUGCCCCGACGCCUCCGCCCCUGCAGGGGAGGCCAAGGCCAGAGAGACAUACCCCACCUCCUCCAAACCUGGCUCGGCGGCUGUCACCCCGGGCAGACCCCCGAGGGAGGCCAGAAGGCCGGCCGGGCGGUGGGCUUCCCCGCCCCCACACGCAGGGAAAACCCCAAGCAAAGAUCCUCACCACACCCCACCCAAGUCCCCGCAGUAGGGAGACUCCCUGCCCCUCCCCGAGUCCUCCAACCACCUCCCCACUAUGCUCCACAGAUGCGUUUCAAAAAGAAAAAAAAAAAAAGAAAUAUAAGUCAGGGCUACUCAAUACUUAUAUCCCAGAAUCACCAGUCACAAACAAGCAUAGAGGACGCCUUCUUUUCUGGAUCAGGGCUUGCAGACAAAAAGCACUUUACUGUGCAUGUAGAGCACUGUUUCAUUCUUUUUAUUCUAUUUAUUUGCUUUUUUUAAUUUCAGUUUUAUUUCUCCUUUUUUCUCUUUUUGCAUUACGUAGUUGUGUCAGCCUGUAAGUUGGCACAGACAACACUGAAAUUUAUUCAUUCUGUCCAAACGGCCUUGUGGGAUUAAAGUAGUCUUGUGUGCGAAGCAGCAGGGCAUUGUUGGAAACCACCCCAGUGGAUGAUGGGAAAGCGUGCGUACAACAGACUCCACCUUGUUUGGCUCUCAAAGUGAGGGGUUUGUUUGCAUGACGAGUGGCACUGUGGUGCAACUUUAUGUAGCUUAAUUAUGGGUAAUAAGUAGAUUUGUUUUUUUUUUUUUAAAUACAUGUUGACACCCAUAUGCAACUUAACAUCUAAAUCUCAUCACAACAAGACUCUGGAUUCUUGGGUUUACAUCACCUCAGUGUUUGUUGUUUGUUUUUUCAGAUUUAUUUACACUAGACGACUUUUGUUUGUUGAAAAUGUUUCUUUUUCAGAGUUCAGCUUUGUUUGCAGACUGUUGUCGACUGUCGGUACAGUUACUGCCGGUAACUGUCGCUGGGUGUCGCCUCAGCGUUUUCACCUCCCUCUGCUGUUUUGUUGUUUUUACCGUUUUGCAAACACUGCUAACUAGCUAGUCGUGCUGCUUAGCUCGUGUCUAACAGCCAGUGGGACGUCAGUGCUGGUCGUAGCAGUCAGGCGGGAAGGGCAUUUGGAUAUCUGCAACCAAAACUUUGCUUAAAGACAGAUUAGGACUCGAGGCACCUGUUGUUGGCCAAAAUGUAUUUGUUCGUCGAAAAUGUUUGUCCGUGAGUUAAGGUGUUUUUUUUUUUUCCCGGUUUUUCUCAGCAUGUGUGAAGACAUUUAACAAGUCAGGGGAAGCUAACUUUUCUUGGCAAUGCAAAGCACGCUUUCACUGCUGCAGCGCUCUCUUCUCACUUCCUAUUAAAAAAAAAACAAAAAAACAACAAACUGUGGAAUUAAACUAUCAGCAGGCACAUACUGUUGAAGGAAGCCUGGCACAGGUUUUAGGCCGACAAACCUGAAAUCAGCUGCUCGUCGUCUGAAGCGGUUUGGUUCACUCUGGAGGGAAGGUAACGCUGCGCGAUGAGGAAAUUAACACUAGCUGUCGUUCAGAUGCUCAGAAAACCCUCGUCAGUAAUAACCACUGCAACGGGUAACUAACUGUCAUAAGGAGGAGGUGUAGGCCUGCUUGUUGUGAAUAUCUGCUGAGGCAGCGUGACUCUUCCGGGGGCGAAAAGUGUAAAUUUCCUGCCUGAAAUGCACCAAAAAGGGCACGAGUUCCGAGUUCAGUGUUGAGCUGUGGUUCAGAGAAGCGACAGUGGGAAGUUUCUCGUUCAGACCAUUCAGUGGCAUGUUUCUAGUUCUUUCUCCUAGAUAUGGUGCUAGAUGUCAAAUCCUGGAAUCUGUUAAUAUAACUCAUCUGAUACUGUACGUAGAAAUACUUGAUUUACAUCCGCAGAACUUUAUUUGCACUUGGUGUUUUCUCAGACUUCCAAGCAAACGUAUGAGAUCAUCCUACCUGAAGCAAAAACAAAAAAAAAACACAAAAGGGAAUUUAUCCUGAAAGUCAAGGAAUGAAACACGAUGCAAAUUCAGUUUUCCAGGAGCAAAUAAACUGAAGGACCCUGCAGCACCGUCUCCGUAGUCACUGAAGCCUUUUGUUUUUGUUGUGCUGCCUUGUAGAUGCCUGUCGAACACACUGCGGUGAAGGGUGGAUGUUUGUGCAGCAUCACACGACUUCACAGCGUCGUCCAGCUGGUUAUAUUUUCAACGGCUCGCCACUGAUUCUAAUAAUAAUUAAUAUUAUUUUUUAUUAUAUAUAAUAAAAUUUUUGCUGAAGGAUUUGGUGGUCGCGUAGGCACACAUUGGUUUGGGUUUUGGCCUCUGGUUUUGUAUCAGUGAGGAGUUUUUUUUAUUUGAAAGCUUGUAAAACUGAAUAUGGAAAGUGAGACUGUUGAUGAGACCUUGAGUAUUUUUUUAUGAAACUAAACCGACGAAGGUAAAUGACGCGUGGGUUUUGCGGAACGUAACUCGGCACGUUGGGGUGUGAAAGAUUUUGUUGGGAGUCCCACUGGGGCUCGUGUGAACAGUGGUGAACCAAACAUCCUUUAAAAAUAUAAACAUUUAACAAACAGGCAUACAAGCGCAGGUGGGUUCACAGCAGGAAUGUGAUCAGGGAAAUGUGACACUGUCAUGAAAAGACCAUCCUCGGGGUGAUGAUGUUCAGCUCCUCCUCCUUCCUCCGUUUCGAGUCUUUACCACUAGGGUUGUUGGUCUUUUUUUGUUUUUGUUUUGUUUUUUGUUUUUCUGUCGGCAUGCUCUCGUCAGUUUCUUCUACUUUGAGUUUGCACACUUUGAUUUGUGCUGAGUUUAAAACUCUUUCUUAAAAAAGUGGCAAAGAUUGACCGAAGCACACGACCUUUCUUGCUACUUCACUCCUGGUUUCUUUGAUAAAUUUUAAGCACAGACGUGCAAACGUGGUUCGGGAUGAAGAUGCCGAAGUUUAUGGGGUAUAAUUGAGCCGUGUUUUGGACGAGAGCUGGUGGAAAGUUUUGAUUUUCAUUCCCACAUCAGAGUAAAGUAGAAAGAAUCCAGAUUCAGGGAGGGAAGCUGCUGAGCUUGGUCUGACGUUAAGUUUCUGCUUUGGUUGGUACGUCUGUUUACUGUAGCAGCCACUUUUGCAGAUAACCAACCGAGUCUUGGGUAGUUUAUUUUUUUACUGUGCUCUAAAAGUGUAAUCAUCCGGUGAGAUGGUUAAAAAUGAUGCGUGUAAGUGAUAAAAGUGUGAUUCUAAAAUAUCAACAGUUGGUGUUUUUGAAGCGAGUUUCCCUCCCUGCUCAUCGGUCGUGUGCUCGGGUUAAAUCUUUUAAAGUCGUCACCUCAAAACCCUUAAAAAAACAAAACUGUACUAUUCACAGCAUCUGUUGGGGAAAACACGAACCUACACGAUGUGGGACCCUGCAGGUCUCACCAAAGUCUUCCUGCGACAAGACUCACUCUGGAUAAUCCCACUGAGAGAAAACAGGAGUCCAUCUGGAAAAGGGAAAGCCUCAUUAAAAAGCCUGUGCUCCCACUCAUAGCUGCUUUUGAUUUGGACGCUAAACCUUGAGUUUGCUGAAAAUAAAUUUUUUUUUUUUUGUUUUGUUUGAAGGACUGAGAUGCACUCGGAUGGGUCGAUUAUUAUUUUCUUUUUUUUUUCCUCAUUGGUUGAAAUGGUAAAAGAUAUGAAAAUGCACCAUAUCCGCUUAUUUAUAAACCAGUGCUGUUUAUUCCAUGAGAAAUAUCGUUAAGUUUUCUUUUUAGGGAGAAGAAAAAAAAUAGAGAUGCACCGAGGUCUCUAUGUAAACUCAAAAUGUUAAAAAAAAAAAACAAAAAAAAGGAAAAAAAAUCCAUCCAGUGUUUGAGAAACUUGAAUUUUAUUUAAACUUGAAAAAUAACUUUGCCUUAACUUUUAUACAAGACAAGCAUAGAGUUUAUUUCUUUUCAAGAAAAAAAAAUCCCCAAAAUGUUAACGAAGCGUGACACGUGGAAAAUAUUUAGUCGUUCUAGAUGUCACACGUCUUACUGAGAGAGAGAGAGAGAGAGAGAGAGUAUAAAUCUAGCAGCAUUUUCUUUUUGCUUUUUUUGUUUUUGUAAAAUGUACGAAAUGAAUCAUUUUGAUUGUUCUUUUUGUUUUUCCGGUUUAAUAGUUUCAGGUUGUUUUCUUUUGGGGGGGGUGGGGAAAUAUAAACCUUGUAAAUGCAAAACUAGUCAAUACUGUAUUAAAUAUGUGCACUUUGAAGUGUGUGCUUUGCUUGUACAGUUGUAAAUACUCAGAAAAAUAUAAGAGGUACCUUAAAAUGAUUAUAAAAAUAUAUUGAUCUUGUUGAACUAUUAAUGUCGCUAUCGAGCUGGAUGUAGGAUAUAAAAAAACUUAAUGUUGUGCUUUUUGAAAAUAUUUUUCUUUAACUUUUUAUUUUAUUUUUUUUUUUAGUUUGGGUGUGCGGAGUUCCAAUUCUGCUCCACUCUGCAGCGCAAGCAGUUUGUCUGAUUGUACACUUUCUUGUUUUGUUUUUUUUUUUCAUUCCAUUUUUCCCACCUGUGCGCUCGGUCACACCUGGGUGUACAGGUGUGACCCUGCCCCCCACCCCACCCCACCCCCCAUGCAAAUUGGAAAGAACCUGUGGGACUUGCAAGUGUCUUACAAAUGAACCGUACAAAGCUGCGUGUCCACCAGCAUCCUCUUUAAAGCUCUGGCUUCUUUUUUUCUUUUCUAUUUACCCAGGAAAUUAUUAUAUAAGGUUUUUUUUUUCUUUUUUUUUGGACAAAUGGAUCUAGAAUGGUCUCGAUACUGAAACUAGUUUGCAAGAAAAAGCACUACAUCUGAGAAUCUCAGCCUUCACUGAACACAGCAGCAGCCACUAAUUGCCUUCAUUAAACACUGCUGUUAAAAUACGAAGAAAAUGAAUAGAAGUAAAUUAGAAGCCGCAGUAAAGGCAUUAAAAGUGUUAAGGUUUUCUAACAACUGUAAUAAUUGGAGGGGGGAAGCAGCCUCACGCAGACCAUGACACUAAUACUCAACAUCGAUGUACCGUUACGGCUAUGACAUGUUCACGCGAAUGCAACUCUACAGUAUGUAAUCAAACUGCAUUGUGUCCACACGAGGUGGGCAGCAUGACGAUGUUUUCCUCAGCGACCGUUUCUUCUGUCAGUUUUUCAGAAAGGCUGAAACGUUGCUGCUUUCUGUCCACGUGCUAAGAAAGCUGAGCUAAAGUUAGCCUAGCUUAGCAUAAAGGCUAGCCGCGGGUGGAAACAGCUAGCCUGGUUCCACGCCACACGUUAAUCAGUGAUCUUUAGAGGUGUUGGUACAUGUGGCAAAGGCUCAUGGGAGAUGUAGUUGUUUUAGAACAGGGCGUUCAGAUGUACAGUAGAAUCCGUCAGGGGUUGGUUUUUAGUUCCUGGUGUCCGAAACCUAACCCUGGAUCCGAAGCGGGCCCAGUCCAAAUCAUACGCAGUCUAACUGGAUCAACUGGUGCCAGUGUUGGUGUUCACCCUUUAUUUGGGUCGAUUGCAGAUUGAGUCGGACGAUGUGAGACAGAAAAUCACAGCAACUUGUUUUAGCUUUUCAGAAAUACCAAUAAAAGACACCUUUAAAAAAAAAAACGAACAGUUAGCGGGACAGAAGUGAAACGGUCGUCCUCCGUCGCUACAUGCCGCAUGUUGCCAGCUAAAAAGAGCGAUGGCUGAUGGACACGCCCCAGUUUUGUCUCCUGUCUUCAGACAUGCUGUGCUUCAAGGCGAUCUGACGUGUGACGCCUGUGGACGAUGUCAAACAUCUGAAGCGCACUGCAGCUCGUACAGCACGCCGUGCUCUUGGCGGGAAACAUGGCGACGGCACAUUUUGAGCCUCUGGGUCCUAAAUUUUGUAAAAGACACUUUUUGGGAAAUAAAGUGAAAUUGACGUCUCGUCAGGCUGGACCUCACUGAGGCAGGCGGAGCUUAAAGUCCCCCAGCUGAGUGUCCACGUACUGGACGAGACAUCGAAUCAGCCAAAAACUGUUGAAACCCGCUCAGUGUUGUUCAUGUCGUUACCUUUUUUUCCUUCUGAUUUACCUGUUGGACGUUUCUCCUUCAUGUUCAUCAUCUUUCCUCCCCUGAGAAAUAAAUGUACAAUUAAUUUGC